CAGGCAAAAAUCGAAAUCCAAAGUCAAAGAUUUUCUAGAAACAGUGACGAACAAACGUACAUAACACGAGAAAAAUACUUUUUUUCAAUAACCGGACCUCUUCACCCAUAAAUAUUUCAUAUUCAAAUCCAAACAUUACAAAUCCCUAUUGUCAAACUCAAUAACAUAUUUUCGAUAUAAACCGACGCGUAGUACCGCACUUGAGUUCAUCGACUUCAAUAAACCGGUUGCAUCAUGCUGUCUCGAAUGUGCGUAGCUCGCUCUGCACUUAGUGUAACGCAGACAUUAAAAACACCAGUGCCACAAAAAUUUGUACCCCGAAACUAUAUUAUAAGAAAUUAUGCUCGAGAACCAAGAUCUCGUGUUGCUACAAGGACCCAACCGACUAUGUGGGAAAGAUUGAUGGCACCAGCUGGCCCCAAUGCAUUCAGUUUGGGAAAAGGUGCUUUGGCAGGAGCAUCAGCAGUUGGACUAGUGGCUCUCUGCUAUUAUGGGUCCGGAGUUAAACCUGGCACUCUCCAAGAGGCACAUCUCUGGCCCCAAUAUGUUAAAGACAGAAUUAAGGCUACAUAUGGAUACAUUGCUGGAUCAAUUGCCCUCACCGCAGGCAGUGCCAUCACAGUCUUUAGAACUCCAGCAUUACUUAACUUGGUUGCAAGAAAUGGAUGGAUGUCUAUCAUAGCAACUAUGGCGCUUAUGAUUGGGUCUGGCAUGGUAGUGCGAGGCAUGGAGUACAAGCCAGGCUUUGGAGCCAAACAAAUAGCUUGGAUGGUGCACACUGGUAUCAUGGGCGCAGUCAUUGCACCCAUCUGUUUCCUUGGUGGACCUGUACUGAUGCGGGCUGCUUGGUAUACGGCUGGUGUAGUGGGUGGUUUGAGCACGAUCGCGGUGUGCGCGCCGUCGGGCGAGUUCCUCAACAUGCGCGCACCGCUCGCGAUGGGGCUCGGCGCGGUGUUCGCCGCCUCGCUCGCCAGCAUGUUCCUGCCGCCCACGACCGCGCUCGGAGCCGGAUUAUACUCCCUGAGCUUGUAUGGCGGUCUGAUUGUAUUUGGUGGUUUCUUACUGUAUGACACACAAGCUAUCAUCAAACGCGCUGAAAUGCACCCCAUGUACGGAUUCCAGCCUUACGACCCAAUUAACUCGGCUAUCUCAGUGUAUUUGGACAUCCUGAACAUCUUUAUGCGCAUUGCUAUGAUCUUAUCAGGCGCCGGUGGCAACAAACGAAAGUAGAAAAUAAUCAACAACAAGCGGAAAUACCAUAUUUAUAGCGUAGCGACGAAAAUUUAGAAUGUGCUUAAAUAACAUCCCCACUAGCUUAGAUAAAUUUUCGUGCUUCUUAAAUCCAAAUC